UGUGCUCCAAUCUUUGCUGGUGGGGCCCCGGCCCAAAACUUACGCGCCAAACGCCCACCUUCCUCGAUUUCUAUAAAUCCCUCCAUCUCCGGGUUUGAGAAGCUCGCGGACGAAAUCGCAGACCACGCGAAAGGAGAGACCCCCGGCAUCCAGCCAGAGAGAGAGGGACAAUCUAAUCUCUGCUAUACCUCCAUGGAUCCAUACAAGUUUCGCCCUUCGAGUGCCAACAAUUCUCCCUUUUGGACCACCAACUCUGGUGCCCCUGUUUGGAAUAACAAUUCCUCGCUCACUGUUGGAAACCGGGGACCUAUUCUCCUUGAGGAUUAUCAUGUCAUUGAAAAGCUUGCUCAGUUUGAUAGAGAGCGCAUUCCAGAACGUGUUGUUCAUGCAAGAGGAGCUAGUGCCAAGGGGUUCUUUGAGGUCACUCAUGAUGUUUCUCACCUCACAUGUGCGGAUUUUCUCCAUGCUCCAGGGGUCCAGACUCCAGUCAUUGUUCGCUUUUCAACCGUUAUUCAUGAGCGUGGGAGUCCUGAAACCUUGAGAGACCCGCGAGGUUUUGCUGUGAAAUUCUACACAAGAGAGGGUAAUUUCGAUCUUGUUGGAAAUAACUUCCCUGUGUUCUUCGUCCGUGAUGGGAUAAAGUUCCCCGACAUGGUCCAUGCCCUCAAACCAAACCCAAAGUCUCACAUCCAGGAGAAUUGGAGGAUCGUGGAUUUCUUUUCCCACCAUCCUGAGAGCUUGCACAUGUUCACCUUUCUGUUUGAUGAUGUUGGCGUGCCAGCAGACUACAGGCACAUGGAUGGUUCUGGUGUCAAUACCUACACUCUUAUCAACAAGGAAGGAAAAGCUCGCUAUGUCAAGUUCCACUGGAGACCAACAUGUGGAGUGAAGUGUUUGUUGGAGGAUGAGGCUGUGAUCGUUGGAGGCAACAACCACAGCCAUGCCACCAAGGACCUUUAUGAUUCAAUUGCUGCUGGAAACUAUCCAGAGUGGAAGCUUUUUAUUCAGACCAUUGAUCCUGAUCAUGAGGAUAGGUUUGAUUUUGACCCACUUGAUGUCACCAAGACAUGGCCAGAAGACAUCUUGCCUCUACAGCCAGUUGGACGCAUGGUCUUGAACAAGAAUAUUGAUAACUUCUUUGCAGAGAAUGAGCAGCUUGCCUUCUGCCCAGCAAUUGUGGUUCCUGGAAUCUAUUACUCAGAUGACAAGCUGCUCCAGACAAGGAUUUUCUCUUAUGCAGACACACAGAGACACCGUCUGGGGCCAAACUACCUGAUGCUUCCAGCUAAUGCUCCCAAGUGUGCUCAUCACAAUAACCAUCAUGAUGGAUUCAUGAAUUUCAUGCACAGGGAUGAGGAGGUGAAUUACUUCCCUUCGAGGUAUGAUCCUGUUCGGCAUGCUGAGAGGUUCCCAAUACCAUUCCGCAUUCUUACUGGAAGGCGUGAGAAAUGUGUAAUUCACAAGGAGAACAACUUCAAGCAGCCUGGAGAGAGAUACCGCUCUUGGGCUCCCGACAGGCAAGAGCGUUUCAUCUGCAGAUGGGUUGAGGCAUUGUCUGACCCUAGGGUCACCUAUGAAAUCCGGACCAUUUGGAUCUCCUACUGGUCUCAGUGUGACAGGUCUCUUGGUCAGAAGAUAGCAACUCGUCUCAAUGUCAAACCAAGCAUGUGAGGUGAUGCAGGGUGGUCAGCAAUUGGUCUUGAGUGAUAUGUUAUACAGAGAAGGGAGUUGUGGUAUUCACAUGGAAACUGAUGUUAAUCUUAGCAACAUUUGAGUCUACUUUUGGUACUUUUGGUUUAAUAAUGUAAUGAUAUGCUAUGCACAUUCCUGAGAGGAGUGCUUUUAAAGGUUGCUUUAUAUUGUUAGUAACUGUCUGUGCCUUGUUGCUUAUAUCUUCAGCAUUUAUUUCUCA